UCGCUUUCCUUUUUUAUUUGGAAUGCUGAUUUUGAUCUGCGCUUGACUUGUUUGAUUCUCAGGUUUGGCAGUUCUAAGUCAGUAGAUUUACAGUGAAAAAAUGUUAAGUUCUGGGAAUAAUUUAAGCCGAGGGAAUGCAGGAUUGUCAUCAGAUAUGCCACCAUUGCCUCAGUGUUUGCCUUUGGAGUCAAUUUCAUUAGGAAACCAGAAAUAUACUCGGUCUGGAGAAUUAAGCAGGGUGUUGGGCGUUCCUCUUCGAAACAGUACAUCAGAUGAUCAUUCUUUUGGAGUUUCACACCCUAAACCUUGCCCUCCAGUGGCGACAGAGGAGCUUAAGAACUUUAAGGAAAGUGUUCAAGAUACCACCAGGAAGGCCAGGGAUAGAGUAAAAAGGUUGCGAGAGUCAAUUUCUAAACUCGAUAGGUAUAAAGAAGCUUUAAGCUCAAAGAAGCGACAGCGGAGUGAUAUUUCGAGUGAGAGAACUAGUGGAGUAAAUAUUACAAAUAUGGGAAGCCAGAUUCUUAGAAAUGAUCAUGACUUAAUGACUCAAAGAUUGGAGGAUAGGCCAAAGAGUAUGGGGCUCAACAAGCGUGUUCGCACAUCAGUGGCUGAUUUAAGGGCUGAUAAUAGAACUGCUGUGAAUCCAAGGCAGCAGGGGACAAUAGAAAAAGAUGGUGAUGUGCUUUCAGCUGUUAAUGGUGGUUCUGCUCGAAUGGAAGAAAAGAUCCGCAGAUUGCCAAGUGAAGGAUGGGAGACAAAGAUGAAAAGGAAACGAUCUGUUGCAGCUGUGGGAAAUAGAGUUGCUGGUGGUGAUCGAGAUAUAAAACCAGUAAUGCAAGCAAAGCUGAGUUCUGAAUCAAAGUUACGAUCAUGUGAUAUACAGGGUUUCAGAUCAAAAUCUUCCCUAGGAGUUGGUGGAAUUAGAAAGUCUGACGCUUCUUUUGAAGCGGCUGGUUCAGAUGCCAGUACAGUGCUAAGGUAUGAAUCAGAGAGUACCUCAAUUCCUCGAGAUCGUGCGGCUAUGUUGGAGCAGAGGGUUGUAAUAAAAGCAAAUAAUAAGGAAACUCUCCAGGAUGACAAUCAGGCAAUUGGCCCAAGUACAAUGCUAAAAGCGAAAGUUUCUAGGGAACCACGAACUGGUUCCAUCAUGGUGUUAGACUCAUCUUCAAAAGUUCACCUCUCAUCUGGAGCUUUGCAGGGAUGGGAACAACCAAAUCUAAAUAAGAUCCAAUCGUUAGGUGUUGGGAGCAAUAAAAAACGUUUGAUGUCUACAGGUUCAUCUUCACAGGCCAUGUCUCAGUGGGGUGGUCAGAGACCACAUAAAAACUCACGUACAAGGAGAACAAAUUUAGUGUCACCCUCUAAUGCUGAAGUUCAGAUUUCAAAUCAAGGCUUAACAACUCCUGAUUUCGGUGCUAGGGCAUCUAUUGGAACUGGUGGAUCACUGCUUGGCUGCAGUGUAGAUAAUGCUACUCCCAGAAUUAAGAGGGAACCUGAUAAUGUUUCUUCUCCAUUUGGGUUUUCUGAGAGUGAAGAAUCAGGAGCUGGAGAUAACAAAUCAAAAGAGAAAGGAAUUGAUUGUAGUGAGGUUACUUUACCUACAUAUCAAAAAGCUGAGUCUUUCUUAUUGCCCACAAGGAAGAACAGAAUGUCUACUAAUGAAAUUGGAGAUAGAGUCCGAAGACAAGGAAGGAGCGGAGUUAAUGUGCCAUCCUUGACAAAACCAGGCAUUCCUCCGAUGAGGGAGAAGUUGGAGAAUAUUACGACAACCAAGCCAAUACAAAGUGCGAGAUCUGCUUCUGAUAAAAAUAGAAGUAAGACAGGGCGUCCACCUUCCAAAAAGCUGAAAGAUCGCAAGGCCACAACUCGUGUUGGGUUGAUACAGAAUAAUGUGUCUUCAGAUUGCAUAGGUGAAUCUGAUGAUGAUCAUGAUGAACUAUUUGCAGCUGCCACUUCUGCUCGAUUUGCCACUAGUCUUGCUUGUUCUGGUCCUUUUUGGAAGAAAAUGGGAUCUAUUUUUAAUUCUGUCAGCUGUGAAGACGCAUCAUUCCUUGGACAACAGCUAAAUUUGGCAGAAGAGCUUGAUGAGACUCAUGAGAGUUUGUCUCAGAUGUUUGGAGAUGGAUAUACCGUUUUGGGUGGUGUGACACCAAAAGAUGCACCUAGUUCUGUUGAAGAAAUUGCCAAAACUAACACCGCAACUGGAGGAUUGGAUCUAAAACAGUUUGAAAAGGUUACUCCUUUAUGCCAAAGAGUUCUUUCUGCUUUGAUAGAAGAAGAUGAAAGUGAAGAAAUUUACAACCACGUUGAAGCUAAGAAUAUGUCUCUUCACUAUGCAAGUGAUGAUUCUCAUUGUGGUUCUUGUAACCAUAUGGAUGUUGAACCUAAAGAUAGGGACAGGAUAGAGUCCGAAGUUGAGUCGAAUGCAGAUUUUCAGUGUCAGAAGAACUCUCUGUUAGACAGACUCUCUUAUGAUGCAAGCGUAGCAUCCACCACAAUUAGGAACUCCAGCAUGUCUAAUUCAUUACAUAGUAGUGAAAGGUGGUUGGGAGAUGAUGAAUUUUCACAUUCAGAUAUGGGGCCUGUGAGUGAAAUAUGUUCAACUGACUUGGGUCAGGUUCAACCCAAGGAAAUGAGUAUUUCUGUCGUUUCUUCUUUGGAUGGCCAGUACCAGUUUAUGCCUAUGGAGGACAAGCUUUUGCUGGAGCUACAGAGUAUUGGUCUUUAUCCAGAGAUUUUGCCUGAUUUGACAGAGGGAGAAGAAGCAAUAAAUCAAAAUGUUGUUGAACUUAAUGAACAUCUUUAUCAACAGAUCAAGAAAAAGAAGAAAAAGUUGGGGAAGAUUGAUAAAGCCAUUCAGAACGGGAGAGAAGUAGACAGAAGGAACAUCGAGCAUGCGGCAAUGGACCAACUGAUACAAAUAGCUAACAAGAAACGUUUGGCUUGUCGUGGGGGCAAUUCAUCAAAAAGUGCAGUUAGUAAGGUUUCGAAACAAGUUGCGUUGGCUUUUAUCAAGCGAACACUUAGUAGAUGUCGAAAAUUUGAAGGGAAGGGCAACAGUUGCUUUAGUGAACCUGCAUUGCAAGAUGUCAUGUUUUCUGUACAGCCAAGCAGCAACGAAGCAAAAUCUGUUGAAUGUAUUGGCUCUGGAACUGCUAGUAAUACUUGCAAUGAAACAUCCAACCAUCAAGCAGAAGCCAGGGGCUCAGGUGCUGUUUGUAGUACUUUUGAGAGGUAUGAUUCUCGAGACGCUCCUCCGGCUGUUCACUCGUCGGAGUAUGCCGUGUCCAAGUACGGAUCUAUGUUGAACAAAGGGAGAAGGAAGGAAGUAUUGAUUGAUGAUGUUGUUGGAAGUACUUCUAGGGUAAUGCCCGCUCUUGACGGCAGCACCAGAGGACUAAGAGGAAAUAAAAGUGAAAGAGAGAGGGAGCAAAGCAGAGAUAAUUUAAGAAAUACGAGUUCAAUAUCUGGGGCUGGUCGUGCAUCACUGGAUGGUGCCAAGGGUGACCGGAGAACAAAAUCAAAGCCCAAGCAAAAGGAUAGUUCGGGGAAUGGAUUCCAUGGCAGGCUUUCCGAUCCUUCACUACCUCCUUUGGCUAGCACUAGCAAGAUGGUCGAAAGAGGAGCGAGUAACGUUCGUCCGGAUUCAUCUAAAGAAGCUGACGAGCCUGUUGAUUUCGCGAAUUUGCAACUAACCGAGCUGGAUCCGAUGGAAGAAUUGGGUGUUUCGAAUGAGAUAGGUGGUCCCCAAGAUCUGAGUUCAUGGCUAAACUUUGAUGAGGUUGGUCUGCAAGACCAUGAUUCAAUAGGUUUAGAAAUACCAAUGGAUGACCUCUCAGGCUUGAAAUUUGCAUUUUGAUAGUCUUUCUACCCUUGCCGUUACUAAUUAGCAGCCCGUUUGAUACAAUUUGAUCAAGCAAGGAUAAUUAUGAUUCAUUCAUACUAAUAUAUGAUGUGCAUGUAAUUCAACAAUUUUGUUUUUUUUUAAUCCGGUUAUAUUCUUCU